AUGUUAAAUAAUAUAGGACCAAGAUGCGAUCCCUGCGGUACGCCCGUCGGAGUCAAGUAUGGAUUGGAGGUGAAGCCAUUCAAAACAACAUUUGCCGAUCUACCUUCAAGAUAUGAGCUGAACCAUUUAAGAAUAUUGUUGCCAAUUCCUAAUCGCGAGAGCGACCCAGAGUCAACAGACACCGACAGCUCGUCAGCAAACGAGACAAGGUUCGUACAAGUUGAUCUUUUAGGUAGAAAACCGUGCUGGUCUGAGGACAUGUGGUGCUUCAGGUGCCAGCGUAUCACGAUGUCGAAGAAGACAGUAACAAACGACGUGUACAAGGGGCUGGUGGAGAAGAUGCAGAUCCCCGCCGAAUUGCAUGAGCGAGACGGAAAGAAAUUCGCCAGCUGCGGCUCCGUGAUGCCCAUACACUGCGCUACACCGGAAGAGGUACAGCAGCGGUCUCAGACGACGCACCACUACUGCGACGUGUUCACGGAGGAGCUGUUGGCGCCGCUCGACGAGCUCGCGUAUGUGCGCCUGGAUGAGAACUACGUGGAGAAGGUGUUCCUGAACCGCAGCAAGCGCGUGCUGCUGCUGUCCAGCGACGGGCGGCUGGCGCAGUGGCGCGGCGCGCCCACCUUCGAGUCCGCCAACCGCUUCGUGGCGGGCGCGCCGCUGGCCGGCCGCGGCGGCGCGCUCGCGACCGUGCUCACGGCGCGCCGCGGGAACCACUACGCCGUCUCCAGCUUCGAGGGCGUAGGCGGCUUCUUCGAGACUUCCAAGCCCUGGAAGAUAGUGGAUAUCGAGGAGGGUAAGUGCUACUAUGGCGACAAGGGCUUCGACACACGCGAGGAGCUGAAUCAGUACAGAGCGCAACUUCCCCCCGUGGAGGUGAGCCCCAGCGCCCCGCCGCAGCCCGUCCUGCUCCGGGGGAAGCUGCCCAGGAUCGUGCUCAUGGCGGAGAAUGGCAGACAACUGUCGUACAACUAUUUACCUGGUGUUUUGUCAACUGAUAUUGAGUAUUUAUAAAGAUGAAAUAUUUACCAUCCAACUACGAGGACUCAAGUGUGUUGUUUCAGUACAUCAACUAAAUUCUUAUUUUUUAGUUUCCAUCCAAAAGUUGUCUGGAAGUAAUUGGUUUAAGCGAUAAGGCCGCCUUUAGUACUUAGUAUUUUUUUU